GCUGCACGUUUUGAGUUUACUCCGCAUAGAUUACUUAUCAUUCUUUAAAAGUCCUACUUAGCAAAAAUUUCUAAUACUUUUAUUUUUAUUCUUUCUCAUACUAAGUCAUAAUGGAGAGGUUUUAUGCUUUUCAGGUAUCCCCUGGUAAAGAACACACGUUGGAAGUGCCACCUCAACACGGCUAUCACCUCUCUAUUGUUUCCUUCCCGCAUGAGACUACAAACGGCCGCACAACGCUUUACGUGUCGGUUGAUGGAAAAUCACAUGCGAUAGCUACGCUGGAUUUUGGAAAGAAUAUCUUUCAGGUACCUCUCGAUUUAGUCUUUAAUGGGGUCCAAAAGACCGUUUUCUAUGCGAAGGGCUCGUGUGCGGUGCACUGCAUUGGUUAUAUUCGCGAACUUGACAUCGACACCGAUGAUGAACUUUCUCCUUUCGGCGACGAUGACGAGGAAGAUAGCGAGACUGAGCAGACAGCCUCCUCAAACAAGAAGGUGGCUAAGGGCGACGCCAUAAAGCCUCUGAAAAAAAACGACAAAGAGCGGAAGGAAUUUCACGCCGACAGUAACCCUGAGAAGGAUAUCGAGGAGGACGAUAACGAUGAGGACAGCGACGAAGAGUUGGAUACGGACGACAGCGAUCAGGAUCCGACGCAGGCCCCUCCAUCAUCAUCCGACGAUGCCGAGGAGGACGAUGGGCAGGACUAUUCUGAUGACAAGGACUCGGAUCUUGCUGAAGACGAGAUGAUGGAGUCUUCUGAUGAUAAUGAUGAUGAGGAGUAUGAUGAGGAGAUUUCUUCGAACCCUCCAGACGUGUCUUCGGGUGAUGACAUUGAUGAUGAGGAUGAUGAGAUUGAAGAUGCGAUGCCCCCAGCGAAGCCUUCUCGUCUUGAGAAUAGUUCUCCUCGGCGCCAGCAGCAGCCGGCGAAGGGCAGCCCCAAUGCUAACGGAAAAUUGAGCAUCACACCAAAACAGUUGCCGAAGCAGUUUCAGAAUAAAGUCAUGAAUAAGGCUGGCAAUAAAAGAAAGCGGGGCUAA